AUGGGGAAUAUUGUAUCCUGUUGUUCUCUAGAUGAAAAUAAAAAAUAUUUAAAUGACGAUGAAAUAUUGGAAACGUUUUCAAGCAGUGACAUAAACGAUUUUAAAAAGCGAUUAAAAAAUAACAUUCAAAUAGUUGUUUUGCUACAAGAUGGUACAAAGUUACCUUGUAAUUUACAAGCAAAUUUCAACGAAAAAACUUUAUGCAUAUCUUGCCACCAGAAAGUGAGAAUGAUAAAUUUUAGCGACAUUCGAUCCUUGUUGUAUGGGGAAGAACAACUCAAACGAGUGGAAACUCAAGCUAAUUUAAUAAAUGAUAAUUGCUGUUUAGCAUUACAUUUAGAUGAUAGUGGUAAUUGUAUACCUAUAAAAUUUGGAGCUGUUAAAGAAAAAAAUCUAUUCAUCUUUAUUAUGAAAGAUUACAAAAAAAAUUCAUAG